UGCACAAUAUCAAAUCUUAGUAUGAUGAGGUCUCACUCCAGUACUGCCUCUCCCUUCCCUCCCACUACAAGAAAUGGGCAUAGUCACAAGUGUAAAAGCUGCAAAGCAAACUUUUAUGGAAGAUUUUCUAAACUUUUAAAACCAGAAGUAUUUUAAAAGUACAGGCAAAGAGUAUGAAGAACUAAGACAUUCCAACUGCAUUUAUAUUUGAGAAAUGUUUUAACUUAAUAUUUUAGACUGCAGAGUUUAUGUAUUAUGUAUUUGAUAGUCCUAUAAAACAUAAAACCUCUGUUACCUAAAUUAACUUCUUAAGGUAUGUCUACAUAGCAGUUAAACACCCAAGGCUGGCCUGUGUCAGCUGACUUAGGCUUGCAGGGCUCAGGCUGUAGAGCUGUAAAAUUGCAGUGUAGACAUUUGGGCUCAGGCUGGAGUCCCGGCUUUUGGACCCUUCCCCCUAGUGGGAUCCCAGAGCUUGGACUCCAGCCCCAAGCCUGAAUUUUACAGCCAUGUACCCCAAGCCAAAAUCAGCUGACACAGGCCAGCCACAAGUAUUUAACUGCUGUGUAGAUGUACCUUUAAACCCCAGCACUAAAGUAAAGCCUACUAUACUCUGUAGUUUCUGCUUUGACCUGUCUUUACCAUUCCCUUUACAAUAGAUAUUUCAACUUCCACAAUAACCAGUGGGACCUGAGCAAGGGCACAACCACUUGCAAUAGAUAAAACCAACUAAAUACAUCUUAAUGCCUUGUUUUAUCACAAAAGGUGCCUGUUGCUGAUGAGCAGAACCAGACCAAGACUUGACUGUGGAUUCAGAAAUGGUGCUGACCUGAUAGUCCUUGGCUACACUUACCGUUAAACCACAUCCAGCACUGAAUCAGUUCUGCCCAGGGCUGACAGUGGGUAUUUUUAAUAAUGUAGACAAGGUUUAAGUGAGCACUUUAAACUGCAUUUUAAACUCAGUUUAGCGUCCACACCCAGUUUCAAGUAUAAUUUUGACAAUGCCACCAUGGCAGAGAGGCACUCCUCAGCAGCACAAGGUGGUCUCAUUGGCUAAGCCCUAUAGCAAGAAAGUGCAAGUGCAAAGUAGGCAGGUCCAGGGAGUUUUGGAGUAUACACUGGGUAGGUGGCACCGCACAGAGGUGGCUUUGCACUCCUCCACCCCAAGCAGGCCACUCUGGUCUGCUGUGUCUGAAACAGGCCCCGACAUGAGCCAGGCCUUGGAUCCCCCUCCCCAAGAGCAAGCUGCGCCCUCAGCAGCAGGAUGUGGUUAGGGCUGGGGAAAGCUGCACUCGGGCUUCACCCCCCCGCGCCGUUUUUAAAGGGGCAGCUCCCCAACAAUAACGAGCGGCAGGGGUGGCUCCGGGGCCCCAUUCGGCCACGGGAGGGGGGGCUGUGGCUGGCGGCUCGGAGCAGGGGCUGAACGGGGAGCCACGGCCCGGUGCGGCCUGUGCUGGGCGCCGCGAGAGAGGGGAGGGGCGGGGUGGCUCCUGCUGCUGCCGCCACCAGCGCUCGCCGCCUCCCCUCCCCCCCGGCGGGGGCUCCUCGCUGCAGCCUCUGUGCUCCGCUCUCGGUCAUGUGACCCUAACGUAACCGGACAGGAAAAGCCGCCGCCGCCGCCGCGCUGACUCCGUUGUUGCUGCUGCUGCUGGGCGCGGAGACGGCGGCGGCCCGAGCGUGACCAGGCGCCGCAGCGGCCCGAGCCCCCAGAGUGUAAAAAAUGGAUUUGGCCAACCACGGACUUAUACUGCUACAGCAGCUAAAUGCACAGAGGGAGUUUGGUUUCCUGUGUGACUGCACGGUUGCUAUUGGUGAUGUCUACUUCAAGGCGCACAAAUCUGUCCUUGCUUCUUUCUCCAACUACUUUAAGAUGUUGUUUGUUCAUCAGACCAGUGAAUGUGUCCGUUUGAAAGCAACUGACAUACAACCAGAUAUCUUCAGCUAUCUCUUGCAUUUGAUGUAUACUGGGAAGAUGGCACCUCAGCUCAUUGACCCAGUUCGAUUAGAACAGGGAAUAAAGUUUCUGCAUGCAUAUCCACUGAUUCAAGAGGCCAGCCUUGCCAGCCAGGGUACCUUUUCUCAUCCAGAACAAGUUUUCCCAUUAGCCUCUUCUUUAUAUGGCAUUCAAAUUGCAGAUCACCAGACAAGACAUCCCACUAAAGUUACCUCAGCAACUGACAAACCUGGGCGAGACCCAAGGCCACAGCCUUCCAGGAUGAGCCAAGAACCGGUGUCCGAGGGCUCACAGCUCUCACAGUUGGCUUCAAGUCUGCCACAAGUGACCCGGACAAAUAUGACCACUUCUGACCCCUUGCAGUCUUCACUGUCUCCAGAACUGGUUUCCACUGCUGGUAAUAGUUCUCCUCCAGAGGAGGAAGCCAACAUGGAAGCAUCUUCUUCAGAUGAACAGCCUGCUUCACUCACAAUAGCACAUGUCAAGCCAAGUAUUAUGAAAAGGAAUGGAAGCUUCCCAAAAUACUAUGCCUGCCACCUUUGUGGUCGUCGGUUCAAUCUGCGAAGCAGUUUGCGUGAGCAUCUCCAGAUCCACACAGGAGUACCCUUCACAUCAAGCCAACAGGGAGAAAGUAGCAUUUCCCUGUCUCUUUGUAAUAAUGCAGCUGAAAAAGACGCCAUGGAAGUGCCUGAAGCAGGAAUGAUUAGUGACAGUGAGCUGCAACAGAUCUCAGAUUCCCCAAUAAUUGAUGGACAGCAGCAGGCAGAAACACCACCACCAUCGGACAUUGCAGACAUAGACAACUUGGAGCAGGCAGAUCAAGAAAGAGAAGUUAAAAGACGGAAAUAUGAAUGUUCCAUCUGUGGACGCAAAUUCAUUCAAAAAAGCCACUGGAGGGAGCAUAUGUACAUACAUACUGGCAAACCUUUCAAGUGCAGCACUUGCGACAAAAGCUUCUGCAGAGCUAACCAAGCAGCCAGACAUGUGUGCCUAAAUCAGAGCAUGGACACAUAUACUAUGGUGGACAAACAGACUCUGGAACUGUGUACUUUUGAGGAAGGCAGUCAAAUGGACAACAUGUUAGUACAGACCAACAAGCCCUACAAAUGUAACUUGUGUGACAAAACAUUUUCAACUCCUAAUGAAGUGGUCAAACAUUCGUGCCAAAAUCAAAACUCUGUCUUUGCUCUAGAAGAAGAUAGAUCCAUUCUGCUAGGUAGUGAGGACACAGAAGCUACAGAGACCGAGAACUCCGUGUUAACCUCCAUCAAAAAGGAGCAGGAAGCAGUGUUGUUAGACUGAAGGAGAAACAUCAAUUUUUUAAAGUUCAUUCAUUUGUAUCAAACUAAUACUUCCCCUGCAACCAGAGCUACCACUGGCAUGGUAAAAAAUUGGAUCUUGCCCCUCCCACAAAUAAAUAAAAGGCCUUUGCCUCAAGCCACAAUAUAAUUGAUUUUAAUACAAAGGAAAGUGUGUAGAGGUAAUUCAGCUAACUUUGUCAAUAGUACUAGUAAACUCAAAUUUAAAUAGAUUUUAAACAGAUUUUAGAUUAUUUAAAUGCAUACAUAGAUGCAAUGAAGUGUGUAAUGAGAAAUAAAAUACCAUUUUGGUAAACAAAGAAUAUAUAUAUAUUUAAUUAUAAUUAUUUUCUCUGGUAACAAGUCUUCCUUUUGAGAAGAAAUAGCAGAUAAUGCAGCGUGCUUUCUAGAGCUACAUGUACAAACUCUGUAAGAUAACUAAAAAAGGCUUAAAACUUUUCACAGUGAACCCAGGAAACUUUGUUUUUAGUCUUUAGUUUUUCCGCAAGUAUUCCCUGGGGUAUGUAUUUCAGGUAUCAUCACUGACAUUAUGUCCAUUCAAGAAAAUUUAGUUACUUAGUCAACUUUGACUAAAGUAGCAGUAAUAAUAAUGUGAUGGCAAUCUUUUUAUAUGUACAUAUAUAUAGAAAGUGUGUGUGCGUUUGUGUGUUUGAUAUAUACAGGUAAAUGAAUGCACACACCCUAUCUAAACAAUUGGUCAUCUGCUUUCAAGUUCAACCAAAAAGGUCCAUAAAUUUUAGUUAUUUGACAGAUAAGCCAUUUUACACAACACUUAUUUUAAAAUUAAAUUUAAAUGCCCCAGGAUGUGUGCAUUUUUAUUAUCGUGUUUGAAUGGAAAUUAAUAUUAUUAGUGCUGUCACUCAAGAUGGAGGAAACUAGGGAACAGAGAAAUUGCAUACUAGCAAGCACUGUGCAGUUAUCAGUGCUGCAUUCACAUGUGCUGUAGCAAUAGAUCCGAGUCAUUCCUGAUAUGAGGGGAGACUUGAUCACCUUACUCACACAAGUAGUCUCAGACUUCAGUGGGGCUAAUUGCAUGAGUUAAGGUGAAAAAGAUUUGGCCCUUUGUUUACUGUAGUCAACUUCUAGCAGUGGACAGAGGAAAAGGUGGCUAUGGAUCAUGGUUGUUUUAAAAGUGAAGCUGCAGUGCUGGCCAGUGUAUUCUAUUGUUUAAAGGAUUCCCAUUACUUUAGACUCCAAGGCAAAGUAUGCAAAUGCUGGGAGGGCAAAUACCAUAGCAUUAGCUAUUGCUCAGGAUAGCACAGCAUCUUUGUAUUUAAAAUCAAGUUGAUGAUUUUUAUAUUUAAUUUUUUAUAGAUGCCUGGAUUUUUUGCCCAUAGCCUAAAAACUAAGCUGACGGCAGUAAGGAAGCCCACUGAUCAGUCAUUGGGCCAAUAGGAAGGCUUAUGUAGGCAGAGUAAGUGCCCCACCAUAAAUGGAGGCAGUGUGGAGGGGAGGAGGGAGAGGAUAAGGCACAAACCAUAGCUCUGCUCUGUGUAUAUGUUUAAACUGAGUAUCAUCCUAUUUUGUGUAUAGUUAAGUUCUCAGAUUUGUAAGUUUUUAUACAUCAUUUCAUUGAAUAAAAAUUGAAUUAAAUGGAUUG